ACUUCCUCGAUCCAAGUUGAGUCUCCCAACAACCUCUUGGCCAUCUCGGCAUCUUUGACGGGUCUGCCUUGAUUUUCGCAUUAGACGGGCUCAUUCGGCACUACUGAGAAUUGCCAAGCUCAUGCUCUAUUACUAUCAUUCUGCCGGAUCAGCUCAGCGCCACUUUGCAACGUGAUGGCCGAGGUUGCAAAGGGCUGCCGGGACGGCCCCUCAACCCCCAUCGUCGAGCGGCUUCGACGCUUUCGCGAGCAGCUGGACCAUGAUCUGCCACUGUCAACGAGUGUGGCAGAAGAAUAUCGUCGACUCACGGGAGAGGGCUGCGCUACCACGUCAGAUCCACAUCAAGAGGAACAGGGGAGGCCAGGGCUAGACAUAACAUCACGAGAUGAUACCGAGGACCCUGAGAAGGCAGCAGCCAAUCGCCCUCCUGACGAUGGAGAAUUCACUUUCAGCGACUGGAGUCAAGGUCUGCUCACCAAUCCACGACCAGAGGCACUACAACUCACGAGCGCCCGUCCGCUCUGGAAGCAGAGGGAGGCCGGCAGAUGUACAGCCUCGCGAUCAACCCAAGAUCAUGAUCCUCCUAUCGAGGAGCAAGGGACAAGUGAGUCCACACAUCAAGCUGCGAUGGCUACUCAGGUGGCAGUCAUGCCGGCCAUUGAGUAUUGGUCCUCAGUGCCAGCAGCAGAAGAACACGCCGCGCAGCUUCGACUGCAGCCUCAAGGCACGUCAAGCGUCGAACAGCUCGAACGGCUCGCCCCUGCAGCUACCUCUCAACUACUCGAGGCUCAGUCUCGUCAGCUCGAGGCCACGAAGCGCUCCAUCAAGGCCUCAAUGUCCCGUCGCCCACCUGCCUUCUCAAGCAGUCUCGCGGACAUCACGGAUCCCUCCUCCAGUGUACAGCCCUCCAACCCCUUCGAUGACAUCGCGCGGCGUCAAGCACCUGCCUUGCAAGACAAAAGUACAUCUCGUCGAUACCCUCCUCUUGCAUUUCAAGGAGCUGCAGCCGUCACUCCUGCCGCCUUCAGGACCGACGUCUCCGAUCUGACGGCGAUCACAACGCCGGGAGACGACAAGGAUGGUAACAGCUGUACAAGCGAGGAGGACGAAGGAGAAGGGGAAGCGGCAGGGCCCAGAAGAAACGGAAGGAGCCCAUCUGUCAGAGGGAGGGCAGCAGGAGGGAAGCGUGCAGCAGCGCCGCCUGCCACUCGGAGCAUGCUCGCUCUGGGCCCCAGACCUACGAUGGCGAGGGCAAUUGGUGUAGCGCCGGAGCCUGCAGCGAAGCCUGCAGCGAAGCCUCAGGACGAGGCAGCAGCUGCAAUGGAGGAGAGUAUGACCGCCUCAGAGUCGGCGACGGACGAUGAGGAGGUCGUCAUGCCACCACAACGUCCCGCCAAGAUCGUUCGCCCUGAUGCAGCUGCCCACGCCAAGCAGCCGCGGGUAGAAGGGGAUCGUGGCAUCGCUCCGAGCGCGAGGGCAGCAUCAGUCUCAACAUCAGCUGAGCCCAGCCUCCUGUCUGCAGCGCUUCACGAAGAGGAGCGGGCCUCGGCUGACCGUCGGAGCCAAGCUGGGGCAGCCAGGAUCGACAAGCUGCGCGAACAGGAGAAGCGUGUUCGACGACAACAGAAUAAGGAUGACCGGCGACCAAAAGCCCCUAUUGACCCUGCUUCUGCCUCGCUUCGUCCUCUGCCUCCCGGUCCUGCGCUCACUACCACCAAACCGCGUCGCUCCAUCCCCAGCAAGAAGCCCAAUUGGCGAAGCUAUAGAGCCUGUGUACGUCAGUGGACGCACUGGGAUGAGGUGGAGAAGCGUAUCAUCCCACAGCAGUCGUCAAGAAGGGAGCGUCCUGUCUUCGAGGGUAUGCGUAUCCUUCUCAUCACAAACCCGGGCUUGGACAAUGACGCAGACGGCAGCAGCGAUCACGAGGGAGAGGGGACCAACGGCGGCUGGUCACGGGAUAUGGCCCGUUGGGUCGAGCGGGUAUGGGAAAAUGGCGGGCGAUGCGUCGAGGGAUACGUCGAAGGCGAAACGACGCAUCUCGUCGCCGUUGGGCUGCCGCGGCCACCAGAGGCUGCGACCUGUGCCGGGCUUCUGCGGCUCGGUGGUGCUGGGCUGGCCGCUCUUAGAGGCGUCAAGUGCGUGACGCAGGAUUGGGCGAGAGCGUCCAUCGCCCAGGGAAGGGCUAUGGAGGAGGCGGAUGAGAGGUGGAAGUUGGGGUGAUGCGGUCAAUCAAGGUAAAGUAGAUUCGAUACCCAUUCAAUUUAUCAAUGUCCGAUUCUAUCCGAAUCGCUCCCGCGCCAUGGCCCUGAACAUCUCCAUGGUCGAGUCCU